AUGUUCGACACGGCUGAUGGUGAAAAUCGAUGCUACAGUAAGUUAUAUGUCUUUAUGCUUUAAGUUUGGCCGCCGUCUUGGUUUCAGAACUUGUCUGGGACAAGGAGCACCUUUCUGGUUAGUAGUGUCGGCAUUUUCGUCCGGUGUAUUCUAAAGAAAGGAUAAAAUAAAUAAAUAAGUGCAGUAAUUAGCUCACCUCAAAUGUUCUGAGUUAAAUCAUCAUGUCCCCCGCCCGACCCAGAACUGAGUCUGCAAAAGGGAAUCUACACUAGGGAAUCUUGUUCCACAGAACAGACCCUCUGUCAGAGAUUAGAAACCUGCCUAAAUUAUUUUUUUUCAAAACUUCAUUUCAUGGGAAAGAUUUUCUUAAUACACCAUGGGUCAUUGUAACUCUCCUUAUAGGUGUUUGCAUUUUUAACUUUAUAGUCAAGUAGUUCCUUAGAGUGUUUUGGUCUAAUUUUGCACACGAUUCUUUUGAAGAGCAUGCAAAAAAUAUACGAUUUUGCGCACAAAUAAAGAUGAUGAUGAUGAUGAUGAUGAUGAUGAUGAUGAUGAUGAUGAUGGCGAUAGAUAUAACAUUCACAGCCUGAAAACAAUCCGUGUAUCUUUUCUUCCACUGCCGCCCCGAAAUGAAAUAUUUCACACAUUGUUGGAAAGGGUCUUUGGUUGGUAUAUUAAUUAGUUCUGUUGAAAAUUUGUUGCAAGGCAGCUUGUUACGCUAAGGUCCCAAAAGUUUAGCUAGCUUCAUUACGGCUCCGUAACCAUGCCAGACGAUUCAAUACUUGUGUAGUAAAGUAGCCAGGGAGCUAUUUUCCCGGAAAUGUCAACUAAACUGCUAAAGGAUUCUUGUAGUUGCAUUCCGUUGUGUCAUAUGCACAACUCCUAAAGCUAAUUUUGCUGCUUUUCCAGGCGUAUUAACAAAUCCCUUUAUGAGAGGAAAGGUAAAUUAUGUUCCCAAAUCAAUAUUGCAAAAAGUGGGGAUGCCUUUUGUCACACUACUUUUAAAUCUUACUACUUGUUGCAAUUUUCGGAAAAUAUUUGCAGUUAUUUUUAGGCAACUUUAACUAUGGGAGAAGUUUGAUAUCACCGGAGGGUAUAAUUCUAAAACAUAGUACAUACCCAGCUGAUGGACACGCAGUGUACCAUAUCUCUUAAUUGCUUUCUCUGGCUUAUUCUCCUGGGCUGUGAAAGUUGUUCGCCCUUCCUGUUCUUUGAGCCGUAUUUUUUGGGAAUGAAUCCUUCUCCGUGGUUAAACAGAACACAGCUUAGCAUCAGCCAUAAGGCAAUAACGGUAACCAGAUGUCCCGAGUCCUUCGUUAACAUCAGUGUCAUUCUAUUUUGUGAAGUAUAUUAGCCGUUGGCAGUCAGUUGGUACGCUCAGUCUUCGUUUCUUUCGUAAAGCAGUAUUUUCAGAACUGUGGAACAAAGCAAUUUUCCCUCACUUAUUUAUGCAGGUAUGUUGCGGAAAGAUCUCGUUUUAUGAUAUACCACUCCAAAUCGCUUCAUAUGGUAUAUCUGGGAGAAAAUCUACCCGCAUAAACGUAUUACGAAAACAGUUGAUGUUUUUUUGCCUAAACCGGUCAAUUCUAUAUGAUUUGGAGGAAUAUAUUAAACAAAGUGCAGUAAAUGUAUUAUUCAUUCCAAUUUUUGUUCAUGGUGAUUCCUUUGUUUGUUUGUUUGUUUGUUUGUUUGUUUUUUCAUUCCCAAAGCCUGGCAGCAAAUUAUGAAUUUUAAUCACAUAAAUUUUUUUUCCAAAUUAAUUGAGUUGUUUAACUGCCCACCGUAAAAAGCAAAAAAACCAAAACAAACAAACACAAGGGGGGAAGAGAGGGGGCAGGGGUGGGGGUCAGAGGUAGAGAGAGAGAGAGGAGGGGGGAAAAGAGAGGGGAGAGAGAAAGAGAAACCGACUUUUUGAGCGUCAGUUCUUCGUCAUCGCGAAUCACAGCACCAUUGUACCCAAGCUUCCAUAAUAGUGAUAAAAGGCCUUAGUAGGGCACGUAUAAUGACAAAGACAAUGGAAUAGACAGUGACAGUGGCAAAGAGUGACAGGACAUGACAGUGGGAACGCCAGAAUGACAGUGACAGUGACGGGGACAAUGACAGCAGACAAUAACAAUAAAAAGAUGACAGUAACAGUGACAGUGACAAAGACUGACAGCAAAAGUGACAAUGAGAGUGACAUUGACAGUAAAUGAUAAUGACAAUGACAAAGAGUGACGCGACAAUGACAAUGAAAAUGACAGUGACAGUGAAAAUGACAAAGAGUAAGAAUGAGAGUGACAAUGUCAACGACAAUAACAAUGAAAAUAACAGUGAUAAUGAUUAUGAAAACGACAGUGACAAUGACAAUGACAAAGUGUGACGAUGACAGUGACAAUAACAGUGACAGUGGCAGUGUUAAAGACAAUGACAAGAUUUGACAGUGACAUUGUGGGUUAUUAAUUUAGAUUUGUCCAGAAUCAAACUAACAAUAAAAUAAUCAGAAAUUAAUUAUCAAUCGGCCACCGUUGUGUAGUUAAGAUUCAUUCAAAAAACUCAUUGAUAACUCAUGAGCUCAACAACGUAUCACGUCCGCUAAAAUACGUCACGUGCUCGUGUUUUGAAUCUCGGUGAAGCACUGUCAAACUUUAGAAAUUUUAUCUUCAUUAGUAUAUUUUAUGUAAAAAAUACUAGUAAGGAUGACAUUUUAUUUCAUGGCACUUGACCUAUGAAUAUUAAUUAUCAGCACAGCAACUGUCACAACAAAUAGUGGGUGAAUAUUCGAUGUUCUUUCAAAAUGACAUACGCAGUAAAUUCACUAUUGCAAAAAAUUAAACUUUUUUCUUUCACCAAUUUAAUCAGCCAAAAGUUCAGCGACACAGCGGAAAUAUUGGCUUUUGCAGUGUCCAAGCGUUGCACUCAAGACUUGCCAGUUGUGAAUACGCAAGACUCAAGCGCCAGAUUUUUUGUUUUCCUACCAUUCGGCAUUCCAGAAAAAAAAAAUCAAAGAACUCUUUUUCCGUGGAAUAGCUGACUUUAGGGGUACAUUUUCAAUUCACUUCCUCCCUUCCUCGGCAUUUUUAGGCUUCCGAAAACAACAAGACGUUAUGUCCUCUUCGGUAAGUGUCGUUCGAUUCGUAGACUGGAAAAUUUCUAAACACGUGUGACAUUUGAUUUUCUUAUAUGAUAACUUCGCAUACGUAAUGUUUUUUCUCUCGUAUGCUAAUUUACAACGUUCACAAAAGCGUCAUUGUUAUCAACUCCAUUGAGACACACUUUUCCAGGAAUGUUUUUGAAGUCGUUCAAUAAACUCCCGGGUCCAGUUUUAUUACAUGUUGUGGCAGUUAUUUUAGUAUAAUACAGUCACAAGAGACAAAAAGUAUGUGAAAAUGUCCAUUUUGACGCCAGAUGGAUUCACGAACACUUCUAUUCCUCCCCUGUUUUGACAACCUUUUAAUGGAAUUUUUCUUUGUUUUGUUGUUGUUGUUAUGGUUUAUAUGGAUUAAAAUGGUUCAUGUGCCAAAUUCAAGCAAUUUUAAGAUAUUCGCCAAUAUUUUCAGUGUACUAUGGUAAGUAGAGAAACAUCAAUCCAGUUUUUUUGUGUGUGUGUGUGUUUAGUGCAGUAAGGAGGGUAAAGUAUAACAGUAAAAGAUAGAAAAUUUCGUGAGUUCAGGGUCAUAAGUCAGAAAUGCUCUUUCAUUGAGGCCAGUAUUGAAUGGCAGCCUUGCUUAUGGAAGCUCUCGAUAUAAUCACUCUUGACGUUUUCAAGUGCGUACUACUGGCCGAAUUCAACCAUGAAACUUUUGAAACUUGGCGACUUACAUAUAGCAUGAAAUCUAAAGUCAUUGAUGAUUCAUAGUGCGAAACGAAAAAAUGAGACUGCGAGAAGGAGGUGUUCGUCGGUAUCGAACACUAAAUAACCGUCCAUGGUGUGUUUUAACCGAAAUCCGGAUACGAUUUAUCUCAAAUAACCCGCCGGAUGCGCUUCGUUACUUCAACACACUUCUCAGUGGCUACUGAGAUACUUCUGCUUGGUAUUUGCCUCGGGUAAGCGUCGGAUUUGAUUUGAAAUAAAGAACGUAUUAAACGCUUGUUAGGAAAAGGGAAACUGAAUGUACAGGCGAUUACGAUAAUUGCUUCAAAACUUUCAUUUUCGUCAUAUUAAAAAAAAAUGACGUGAGAUUCAGUCAAAAGUCUCGCAAGAGCAUUUUCAAUUAGAUACCUAUCAUCGGUUACAAUUAAAACAUUGUCCAAAGGAAGCUGCGUGCAUGAAAUCAUUAGGAACCGUUACUCUUUAUACCACACGUCGUUUGAUUGAAGUUUGCUUACUAUUGAAAGGAAAAGUCAAUUGUUUCUCUUUAUGGCAAAUAAACUUCAAUGGAAUCUGCUGUUACGCGCAAGUUAUUUUAGCCGUUGUGUAAUUACGCACUGGUCACAGCAAGCCUAGGUGUGCGACCGAACGUUUACCAAAAAAAAAAAUACAGAAAAAGAAUGCAUAGAGUCUAAGUUAUGUAAGAACAUUAAUUCUGAAAUAAAACCAAUAAGAAUAAAUCGGUAAACUUACCUAUACACUGCCUACCUACAGAGUAGGUACACUGCUAAAAUUGGAAGACAGUCAUCUGAAGUUGCUAAAAAACUGUGACAGCAAACGUAUCUUCUAGCACUUAGGCGUUAAGUACGACAUUGAUCGGCAGAAAACAAACACGACUUCAAAAAAAGCGGUACACGCAAAUCCAUACCCCCACCGUGGUACAAGAGGGGAUGAUGGAGCCCCUCCCUAGAGAUCAGCGAUAUUUCGAAACGAUUUUGCGUUUAAUCGAAAGCCUUCAAUCUUCUCAACAAGAUGAGGUUUAUUUUAUGGGUGGUGACGCUGCUGGAGGCCUGUGACGUCACCAACAAUGUUCACCAUCUCCUCUGCCAUCUUGGAUUUCACCAAAAAUUAGACAUCGGGUUAAAAUCGCGAUAAAUGGUAACAUUUAAAAAAAAGUACUGAUGUUUUAUCGCCUAGAAAAACAAACAAACAAAAAAUAAAUCAGAGGGUGGGGGGAUGGCCGUGGGUACGUCCGAGGGUUAAUACGGAAUAAGACGAGUACAGGGGGCUGCAUUAUGGUGUGGAAACAGCCACCGAAUUCUGGCUGGAAAGCAUCACUUGCACUGUCAUCACACUUGUCAGCUUUCAAGUCUUACUUGAAUUAGGAUCUACAUAUUAUGCACUUGAGUUUACUUACAGCUUCCAAUGUCUUUUUAAAGCACAUGAGCACUGACGCAUUGCAGAAUGCACCGGAUAAAGUAAUCAAGGAACCAAUUAAAAGUUGAAGAUAUUCCGUUCUGAUAAGAGGUACACAUCAUCGAGAGAUUCGAGUAUCAAAUGACAGUUUGGGAGGGUAAAGUCCGGUUUCCAUAUAAUCGACCGGAUUGUCCCAAUCGUCCCAAUCGUCUCAAAGAAUGGGACGAUCAUAUGGAAAAGCUACCCGGUCGAUCGCAAACGACCCGGACGAUUGGGAAGACCUCGAUCGCUUGGAGAGAAUUGAGCUCUAUGCUGACGAUCGGGACGAUCGAGUAAAUUUUGAAAAGAUCGUAUGGAAACGCUCUCAGACGACUGUGACGAUCGAACGAUGGAUAGCUGUCCCAGAAAUCAUCACUUUUAUUUUAGCAAUCGGGAACUUAUUAGGCCUAGGCGUUGCCUGAAGCCGAAAGAAAAACUAUAAAAAUGUUCGCACCCCGUAUGGGCAAUAUCUGAAAAAGAGGUAGUCCCUAGACAUGAUGCUAGUUGACGCUGUGUCUUCGUGGUACAUUUCCACCUUGUUACGCCUCCAAAUCGAGAGAAUAAGCACAUAGCAAGCCAGGAGGUUCAUUCUCUGAUUAGAAUUCUCCAUAUAUGUUUGGCUUGUUUGCGACGCACGUGCAAAACUUCUGUUGUCAUACCCAGAAACAUCACUGACGACUCCGCGUCUCUCGUCUUCGAAGCGAUCGAGACGAUUAUACCGAAACCACCAACCGUUCCAGUAUCGUCCCCAAAUUUUUUGAUUCGACUAGGGCGAUCAGGACGAUCCGGACGAUCAUGUGGAAACCGGGCUUAAAAAAAAUCAAAUUAGCAGCUUAACCCUAUUCAGGCCGGGCUAUUUCUGCUUCCUUCGAUCAAUUUGAACACAAGUAGUUUUUGAAGUAAUUUUACGCUAUUAUGACGUCAUAUCGUUGAAUCUAUUGGCAGUAUACAAAUUCCAUCAUUUUUUCCCCUGAAAGAAGGACUUGAUAAAAAAAAAGGUGUCUGACAAAAUCAAGGAGUUAGCUAAAACCUGAAUUGUAAUCUGCAAUUACAUGUAGUAGUGACUAAAUUAAACUACACUAUUUGAUGACAACUAGGAACUCACUAAUUCAGUUCAAAUACUCUCAUAAAUCUUUUGGCAAUCUCUUUCUAAACUGGGAAACAAAGUUCAGGUUCGACACGUGUGAAUUUAGAAAAUAAGACGCACCGUCAUUUUGAUAAACACUGUGUUCUUCCUUUAAUUUUCUUAAACAUGAAUGUAAAUUAGUAUGCCAUUGUAUGCCUUGCUUUCCCCUUAUUUGACUGCUAUACAUUAUCUAUACACUUUUGCAAUAUUUUUAAUUUGACCUAAGCAAAUCUGGCCCAGCUUUUUUCUUGUUUCGUCCAGUGUAAUGACACAAAAAUGGAAGUAUUUUUUGCUCUUAUUACAUGAUAUUUUAUUCAUGAUAUAAAUUUUUAUAACUUACCAAAGAGCAUAAUUAUAUACUAGGCAAUAUUCAGAGCCGGAUCCAGACUUUAAGAAAAGGAGGGGCCUUGUCAGAUGGAAGGGUUGGGGGGGAGGAGGAGGGCUCGGGCCCCUUCCCUAGAUCCGCCACUGAUAUUAUAUAUACAUAAAAGGGAAGCCAUCCAUGUGACGUCUCACUUUAUUAAAUUCCUUGAUUUUUUUCCCUUUAACUAUGUAGUGCAUGAAAAAAGUCAAAAUAAAUAAAUAAAACAAUGAAAUAAAUUUUGCCUCGUUAUAAAUAGCCGAGGCCGCGAAGCGGCGAAGUAAAUAGCCACCGACACUGAGGUGAAUAUAAUUGUUUUAGUAUAUACUAAAACAGUGAGAUAAUUGAGCACAAAAAUGAUCAUUUUUAACUGCUGCCAACGAUUACAAUUUUGGCGCGCAAAGGACCGAACGGCCGCGGUCGUCCCUUUUUCUUGCCGACAAAUAAAACUUUUGAAAGCAUUUGUUUAGCUCUUGCGAGUUGUGAAUUCUUUUGGUAUUUAAAAUCAUUCUGUAAAAAUGAUUAUUAAAUUUAGUUUUAAGCUCGUUUAUGAACAAGUGAACUAAAUAAAGUAACGCAUUAAUUUUGUAAACAAAAACCUUUUUCACCGGUUUUAUCGAUAAAUUCAAGUCAAAAAGACAAAGCUUUACCUGUUAAAACUUUCAAACCGAACUUCGUCACCUUCUUCGGGUAUUUCGGGAACAGCUUGCUUGAUUAGUUGUGAAAUUUCUUUUUUUGUUACGGCAGCAAACCUGGAAGGCAUUUUGCUUGCAACUUAGGCGAGUUUGGCGUAGCUCGCCUGCUCGGAGGAACUGGAGGUGAAUCAGUGAAUAGUGCAGGAUAUUAACUGAUUAAGUAGCCAAUCAGAGUGCGCGAAAAACAGUAUCCACUGUUUUAGUAUAUACUAAUUAAAUAUAAAGAGACCUCCAUGUUUGGCUCUUGCGCCGCUCACCAAUGCUUGUGUUAAUCAAUAUUCCGUGCAACACGCUGAGUUGAACGCGCAAUUUAUCGUUACAGUUUCACUUUAUCAGAAUUUCACUUUAUUCUAUGUUAUUAAAAACAGAACUUUAAGCCACAGAUAGGGCAAAGUGUUGCUGUUGCUAAGUCGUCUAAAUUGAAGAAAGGUGCGGGCACGGGUCAGAUCGCCCUUGUGAUUUCAGAGUAAUAACAUCAGCUUGAAGUUCUAUUCCUUUGGGCCUGGGCAACCAUUGCAAUCUAAGAACAAAUAAAUAAAUAAACGAAUGAAAAAUAACUAAAUACAAAAAUGGUUUUCUAAAGGUCUUGUUGUUUUAACUUGGUAUGCUCAUGAUUAAGCAACGAGAUCGGAAAUGCUUAAUUACUCUCGAUAAUUGGUGUCUUCUUGAGAGGUUACGAAGGAGGAUAAUAAACAUUAGUAUAUACACACUCAGUGAUCUUGGUGAUUUAAGCAAUCUGAUUGGUUCGCUAUCUCGGACUAUUCAACAAUAUUCACCUCCUAGCGAGUGGAUAAUGUGUGAGCUCGGUGUUUUUCCCGUUUUUUUUAGAGAACGAUCUUUUAAAAGUCGACAAAAUCCUAGGGCUGACUUUUUUUAAGGCAAGAAAAGACUUGGAAGGAUUCAAUACGGCGUUUUUCAAUUUACUGUAGCAGGAGUUUUGUGCACGAUGGAUUGUUUACAACUCCCGUGUAUUCGCGUAGAAGAAGCCGUUUCGUGAACUCAGCGUUUUCUAAGAAGAAAAUUUUGGCUCAAAAAUCGAAGUUUAUUUAUGACAAACAAAUUUAAAAGGAAAUGUUUGCAGAAAUUUUACAUUUCAAGUAAACAGGAAAAAGAAUGAUACAGGAAGACGACCUCUUACCUCGAGCAACCGAGCCGCCAUUUUUGUCAGCACUUCAUGCGAAGAACGACACAACAUGCCCUUUUGGCUAUAAACUUGGCGAGUCAACAGAAAAUAACACAGCUCUACUUUUUUUCUCAGGUAAGGAAACAGUUCAAACUUUUAGCGAUUCCAUUGAAGCCAUUACGCUGUUGUUUGCGAAAUGAGUAAACUUGUGAAUUGCCCUGUCUGAAAAUUCUGCAAAGAUCUAUUUUUAAACUUACGCGUGAUUUGAUCUGUCAAUCAAAUCCUACUUUUGAAUGGUUUCCUUUCUGAUUUUGUUGAGAUCACUUCGUGUGUAUAUACUAAAACAAUUAUUCUUCUCAAUCUCGGUGAAUAGUGGCUUUGGGAAUAUUUACCUCGCCGCUUUCGCGGCUCGGUAAAUAUUUUGCCACUAUUCACCUCGAUUUCAAAGAAUAAUUGUUAAAUGUUUUAGUGGUUAUUAGAAACACUUCUUGAACAAGAAAUUAACUUGUUAUUUUAUUUAUUUGGUAUUACAUGCUUGCCUGAUGAUCGGUGUUCCCACAAUGCUGAAUGAAAUCAGUUGACUGGAAGGUAAAGUGUCACUAUGCGUGUGGAAGUACUUUAUGAUUAUUGUCAUAUAAUUAUAAUUGUUAUAAUCGUUAUUGUUAUUUCGCACUUAACUAUCGGAUGAGCUCACAUCCCGCCGCAUACUUUAAAGUUUUACAACGCUUUUCGAAAUUUCUGAAAAUGUUUUCUUAUAUCUAAUAAGUAAGUCUCAUUACUGUAUAUUAAAUUCCCAAAACAUUUUUCGUUGUACUUUUUGUUUGUGUUCCUUCACCAUACUCACCAAAACCCGAGUCGCCCAGUUCUCAGCUGCGUGCUCCAUUUCUGCUCUUGUCAAUUUCUCUCUAUGAUGUUCCCGUUCGUCAUGUCUUUUGUCUUGUUUGGCAUUUUGGUGGAAUCUUCCUCUCCCUCUUCGAGGUACAAAUGAGGAUCCUUCAGCCUUGUCUAAAACAAAACAGCUUAAAAUCAACCAGAAAACGAGGAAGCUUAAGAGGUGCUUGGAGUCCAUUCUUAAUAUAUGCUGUGGCCAGAAGUCAACAGGCAAUUUAAUUUUGAAUUGUUGCACAGUAGCUUUCUUGUAGCGAUGUGGGAUCAACCAAGUCGGCACUGGACACUGUGGGGAAACAGUUUCUUUGUUAGUGAUGAUCUCUUAAUAUAAAUAUAACUAUGGGGCUGUUUACAUGAAGGGAGAAUGAUCCUAGUACCAGGAAGAUCCUUGAAGUCAGAUCAUCCCAGCACCAUAUGUUUUCUGUAUUCGGCUUACAUGCAAAGGGUUGCACUUGUUCCUGGAGCUGUGAUCUUCUUUGUACUAGGAUCUUCCUAGCUGACAGGUAGGAAGAUCCUAGCACCCUGCAAACUGCCUUCGCUAGGAAGAUCCUAGUACUAGUAGGGUAAAGUAUAACAGUAAAAGAUAGAAAAUUUCGUGAGUUCAGGGUCAUAAGUCAGAAAUGCUCUUUCAUUGAGGCCAGUAUUGAAUGGCAGCCUUGCUUAUGGAAGCUCGCGAUAUAAUCACUCUUGACGUUUUCAAGUGCGUACUACUGGCCAAAUGCAACCAUGAAACUUUUGAAACUUGGCGACUUGCAUAUAGCAUGAAAUCUAAAGUCAUUGAUGAUUCGUAGUGCGAAACGAAAAAAUGAGACUGCGAGAAGGAGGCGUUCGUCGGUAUCGAACAGUAAAUAACCGUCCAUGGUGUGUUUCAACCGAAAUCCGGAUACGAUUUAUCUCAAAUAACCCGCCGGAUGCGCUUCGUUACUUCAACACACUUCUCAGUGGCUACCGAGAUACUUCUGCUUGGUAUUUGCUUCGGGAAGCGUCGGAUUUGAUUUGAAAUAAAGAACGUAUUAAACGCUUGUUAGGAAAAGGGAAACUGAAUGUACAGGCGAUUACGAUAAUUGCUUCAAAACUUUCAUUUUCGUCAUAUUCCAAAAAAAUGACGUGAGAUUCAGUCAAAAGUCUCGCAAGCGCAUUUUCAAUUAGAUACCUAUCAUCGGUUACAAUUAAAACAUUGUCGAAAGGAAGCUGCGAGCAUGAAAUCAUUAGGAACCGUUACUCUUUAUACUACAGGUCGUUUGAUUGAAGUUUGCUUACUAUUGAAAGGAAAAGUCAAUUGUUUCUCUUUAUGGCAAAUAAACGUCAAUGAAAUCUGCUGUUACGCGCAAGUUAUUUUAGCCGUUGUGUAAUUACGCACUGGUCACAGCAAGCCUAGGUGUGCGACCGAACGUUUACCAAAAAAAAAAAUGCAGAAAAAGAAAAUCAAUGCAAAGGGUCUAAGUUAUGUAAGAACAUUAACUCUGAAAUAAAACCAAUAAGAAUAAAUCGGUAAACUUACCUAUACACUGCCUACCUACAGAGUAGGUACACUGCUAAAAUUGGAAGACAGUCAUCUGAAGUUGCUAAAAAACUGUGACAGCAAACGUAUCUUCUAGCACUUAGGCGUUAAGUACGACAUUGAUCGGCAGAAAACAAACACGACUUCAAAAAAAGCGGUACACGCAAAUCCAUACCCCCACCGUGGUACAAGAGGGGUUGAUGGAGCCCCUCCCUAGAGAUCAGUGAUAUUUCGAAACGAUUUUGCUUUUAAUCGAAAGCCUUCAAUCUUCUCAACAAGAUGAGGUUUAUUUUAUGGGUGGUGACGCUGCUGGAGGCCUGUGACGUCACCAACAAUGUUCACCAUCUCCUCUGCCAUCUUGGAUUUCACCAAAAAUUAGAAGUCGGGUUAAAUUCGCGAUAAACGGUAACAUAUAAAAAAAGUGCUGAUGUUUUAUCGGCUAGGAAAACAAACAAACAAAAAAUAAAUCAGAGGGUGGGGGGAUGGCUGAGGGUACGUCCGAGGGUUAAUACGGAAUAAGACGAGUACAGGGGGCUGCAUUAUGGUGUGGAAACAGCCACUGAAUUCUGGCUGGUAAGUAUCACUUGCACUGUCAUCACACUUGUCAGCGUUCAAGUCUUACUUGAAUUAGGAUCUACAUAUUAUGCACUUGAGUUUACUUACAGCUUCCAAUGUCUUUUUAAAGCACAUGAGCACUGACGCAUUGCAGAAUGCACAGGAUAAAGUAAUCAAGGAACCAAUUAAAAGUUGAAGAUAUUCCGUUCUGAUAAGAGGUACACAUCAUCGAGAGAUUCGAGUAUCAAAUGACAGUUUGGGAGGGUAAAGUCCGGUUUCCAUAUAAUCGACCUGAUUGUCCCAAUCGUCCCAAUCGUCUCAAAGAAUGGGACAAUCAUAUGGAAAAGCUGCCCGGUCGAUCGCAAACGACCCGGACGAUUGGGAAGACCUCGAUCGCUUGGAGAGAAUUGAGCUCUAUGCUGACGAUCGGGACGAUCGAGUAAAUUUUGAAGCGAUCAUAUGGAAACGCUCUCAGACGACUGAGACGAUCGAAACGAUCGAUAGCUGUCCCAGAAAUCAUCACUUUUGUUCUAGUAAACAGGAACUAAUUAGGCCUAGGCGUUGCCUGAAGCGGAAAGAAAAACUAUAAAAAUGUUCGCAGAGCGUAUGGGCAAUAUCUGAAAAAGAGGUAGUCCCUAGAUCUGAUGCUAGUUGACGCUGUGUCUUUGUGGUACAUUUCCACCUUGUUACGCCUCAAAAUCGAGAGAAUAAGCAGACAGCAAGCCAGGAGGUUCAUUCUCUGAUUAGAAUUCCCCAUAUAUGUUUGGCUUGAAUUGUUUGCGACGCACGUGCAAAACUUCCGUUGUCAUACCCAGAAACAUCACUGACGACUCCGCGUCUCUUGUCUUCGAAGCGAUCGAGACGAUUAUACCGAAACCACCAACCGUCCCAGUCGUCCGGAUCGUCCCCAAAUUUCUUGAUUCGACUAGGGCGAUCAGGACGAUCCGGACUAUGAUAUGGAAACGAGGCUUAAAAAAUCAAAUUAGCUUAACCCUAUUCAGGAGGCUAUUUUUUCGACCUUCGAUGAAUUUGAAAAUAAGACGCCAUUAUGACGUCAUUUUGAAUCUAAACACUGUACAAAUUCCUUCAUUUUUUUCCCCUUAAGAAGGAAUGAUAAAAAAAUUAGUAUUCAAAUUGUAUGAGUUUGCUAAAACCUGAAUUUAAUUUGCUAUACAUUAUCUAUACAGAUUUUGCAUUAUUUUUAAUUUGACCUAACAAAUUUGGCGCAAAUACUUUUCCUUCUUUCGUCAAGUCUUAAUAAACUGGGAAAAAUGGAUUUAUGUUUUGACACUUAUUAUUUGAAAUUUUAUUCAUGAUAUAAAUUUUAUUAAUUGUUGCCUUGCUUUCCCUUAAUUUAUACUAUAGGUAAUAUCCACUUUUGCCGGAUUUUUAAUUUUAAGAAAAGGAGGGGGGCAGCUUUCACCCUUUCGUCCAGAUAACGGAGAGGCCAAGAAUGCAAAAAAAAAAAUGUUUUGCUCUUAUUAUAUGAUAUUUUAUUUAUGAUAUAAAUUUUUAUAACUUACCAAAGAACAUAAUUAUAUACUAGGCAAUAUUCAGUGCCGGAUCCAGACUUUUUAAGAAAAGGAGGGGGCAAGCCAUCCAUGUGACGUCUCACUUUAUUAAAUUCCUUGAUUUUUUUCCCUUUAACUAUGUAGUGCAUGAAAAAAGUCAAAAUAAAUAAACAAAACAAUGAAAUAAAUUUUGCCUCGUUAUAAAUAGCCGAGGCCGCGAAGCGGCGAAGUAAAUAGCCACCGACACUGAGGUGAAUAUAACUGUUUUAGUAUAUACUAAAACAGUGAGAUAAUUGAGCACAAAAAUGACCAUUUUUAACUGCUGCCAACGAUUACAAUUUUGGCGCGCAAAGGACCGAACGGCCGCGGUCGUCGCUUUUUCUUGCCGACAAAUAAAACUUUUGAAAGCAUUUGUUUAGCUCUUGCGGGGAAAUUUCUUCAAAACGAGUUGUGAAUUCUUUUGGUAUUUAAAAUCAUUCUGUAAAAAAGAUUAUUAAAUUUAGUUUUAAGCUCGUUUAUGAACAAGUGAACUAAAUAAAGUAACGCAUUAAUUUUGUAAACAAAAACCUUUUUCACCGGUUUUAUCGAUAAAUUCAAGUCAAAAAGACAAAGCUUUACCUGUUAAACUUUCAAACCGAACUUCGUCACCUUCUUCGGGUAUUUCGGGAGCAGCUUGCUUGAUUAGUUGUGAAAUUUCUUUUUUUGUUACGGCAGCAAACCUGGAAGGCAUUUUGCUUGCAACUUAGGCGAGUUUGGCGUAGCUCGCUUGCUCGGAGGAACUGGAGGUGAAUCAGUGAAUAGUGCAGGAUAUUAACUGAUUAAGUAGCCAAUCAGAGUGCGCGAAAAACAGUAUCCACUGUUUUAGUAUAUACUAAUUAAAUGUAAAGAGACCUCCAUGUUUGGCUCUUGUGCCCCUCACCAAUGCUUGCGUUAUAAUCAAUAUUCCGUGCAACACGCUGAGUUGAACGCGCAAUUUAUCGUUACAGUUUCACUUUAUCAGUAUUUCACUUUAUUCUAUGUUACUAAAAAUAGAACUUUAAGCCACAGAUAGGGCAAAGUGUUGCUGUUGCUAAGUCGUCUAAACUGAAGAAAGGUGCGGGCACGGGUCAGAUCGCCCUUGUGAUUUCAGAGUAAUAACAUCAGCUUGAAGUUCUAUUCCUUUGGGCCUGGGCAACCAUUGCAAUCUAAGAACAAAUAAAUAAAUAAACGAAUAAAAAAUAACUAAAUACAAAAAAGGUUUUCUAAAGGUCUUGUUGUUUUAACUUGGUAUAGUCAUGAUUAAGCAACGAGAUCGGAAAUGCUUAAUUACUCUCGAUAAUUGGUGUCUUCUUGAGAGGUUACGAAGGAGGAUAAUAAACAAUGUUUUAGUGGUUAUUAGAAACACUUCUUGAACAAGAAAUUAGCUUGUUAUUUUAUUUAUUUAGUAUUAUAUGCUUGCCUGAUGAUCGGUGUUCCCACAAUGCUGAAUGAAAUCAGUUGACUGGAAGGUAAAGUGUCACUAUGUUUGUGGAAGUACUUUAUGAUUAUUAUCAUUAUAAUUAUAAUUGUUAUAAUCGUUAUUGUUAUUUCGCACUUAACUAUCGGAUGAGCUCACAUCCCGCCGCAUACUUUAAAGUUUUACAACGCUUUUCGAAAUUUCUGAAAAUGUUUUCUUAUAUCUAAUAAGUAAGUCUCAUUACUGUAUAUUAAAUUCCCAAAACAUUUUUCGUUGUAUUUUUUGUUUGUGUUCCUUCACCAUACUCACCAAAACCCGAGUCGCCCAGUUCUCAGCUGCGUGCUUCAUUUCUGCUCUUGUCAAUUUCUCUCUGUGAUGUUCCCGUUCGUCAUGUCUUUUGUCUUGUUUGGCAUUUUGGUGGAAUCUUCCUCUCCCUCUUCGAGGUACAAAUGAGGAUCCUUCAGCCUUGUCUAAAACAAAACAACUUAAAAUCAACCAGAAAACGAGGAAGCUUAAGAGGUGCUUGGAGUCCAUUCUUAAUAUAUGCUGUGGCCAGAAGUCAACAGGCAGUUUAAUUUUGAAUUGUUGCACUGUAGCUUUCUUGUACACUGUGGGGAAACAGUUUCUUUGUUAGUGAUGACCUCUUAAUAUAAAUAUAACUAUGGGGCUGUUUACAUGAAGGGAGAAUGAUCCUAGUACCAGGAAGACCCUUGAAGUCAGAUCAUCCCAGCACCAUAUGUUUUCUGUAUUCGGCUUACAUGCAAAGGGUUGCACUUGUUCCUAGAGCUGCAAUCUUCUUUGUACUAGGAUCUUCCUAGCUGACAGGUAGGAAGAUCCUAGCACCAUGCAAACUGCCUUCGCUAGGAAGAUCCUAGUACUAGGGAAAAAAACAGCCAAAAAUAGCGGCGGGUCGUUCAGUGGCCAAUCACGGUAAUAAAGGCCGACCAUUUCGUUUGGCGUUACCACGGGCUGAUUAUUGUGAUCAUGAUUCUGCUGAAAGGAAGUUGUUAACGCCAGUAAAGAGAGCAGAAGGGCCCAAAUUGAAUGUUUGUUUCUGUCACCCGCCAUUUUUAAUUCCUUCUCAAACAUUCUAUAUUCAGGUACCACACGGACCAAAAUUUCUGCAUGUAAAUCCAACGUAAAGUAGGUCCGCCUUCUAGGAUCUUCCUGCUACUGGGAUCUUCUUUUCCUCCACAUAAAGAGCCCCUAUUAAUGAAUAUUGAGGGUCGAUGUUUCAAGAAUGAACUACCAUAAACACGAGCUUUGCUUAAGCAGAAAAAAUAUAAUAGUUAUAAUAAUAAUAAUAAUAAUAAUAAUAAUAAUAGUAAUAAUAAUAAUAAUAAUAAUGAAAUAAUAGUAAAUACGCUGGAGAAGAUAAUCCGCGAUGCAUAA